GCUACCCCUGAUUUCCCCAUCUCAACCCCUUAACCCCAACCAGCCUCGACCUCCUCUUCCUGCUCCUUCAGGCCCUCGUUAUUCAACCCGCUUUCCUCCCCUAAACCCUAAGCCUCUUGGCCAUGCCCGUGCUCCCCAGCCCCAACCACCCGUUUCCAGCCCUACCCGCUUCCCUCCUCUGACCAACGUCAUCCCUCCUCUGACCAACGUCAUCCCUCCUCUGACCAACGUCAUCCCUCCUCUGACCAACAUCAUCCCUCCUCUGACCAACGUCAUCCCUCCCCGGCCCCCUGCCUGCAGGGCUUCACCCCCUAGAUCUGUUCCUUCCAAAUCAUCUGCUCGCCGCUCAGCUGACCUGCAUCCCCGUUUUGGUAUCUCACCUUGCUUUUCCCUGAGUUCUUCUCCUUCCCAUUCACCCUAGUUCCUUGGACUCUGGUCCUUGCUGACACCCACAGUCAGACCCGGUGAGUCCCAUAUCUUAGCCGGAGUGUUGGUGUCCCUACUGGAGGGACAGUUCCAGUGCAGUUCAGAAUUGCCAGGACUGGAUUCCCAGUGGCCUGACUCGGUAGACAGAGGAUACUCAAGAUGACAGCAACCAGCAUUCACCCCAGACGUCUCAGAGAUUAGAAGCACAUUGAUGACUCUGGAUGACCCACGGUGAGCAGAAGCAGAAGCCCUGGGAAACACGAACGUGGAGCUGCGGUGGAAAUAGAUGAAACGAUGGUGAUUGCAAUCCCUGUGCCCCUGACCUCUGCCUAACCCGAUCCCUUGGACCACCGGGGUCCAGGUUGACAAAAAGUCAGUUUUGCAGGGGAUAAAGAGACUCUUGAUUCAAAGAAUCCCCGUUGCCUGGCAACAGUGUGGCGACAGCUUGGCUUGGCGUUGCCUGGAGACGGUUGGAGGCCUGGCACCGAGCAGGCUGGGAGACUCCGGCCAGCGCGAAAGAGGGCAGCGCGGACAAGGCAAUGGCCACACACCACAAGAAGGAGGUCGUAGAUGAGGUCCACCAUAACCAGAUCUUGCGUGAAUUGUACCUCAAAGAGCUACGAACCCAAAAACUGUACACAAAGUAUCACGUGAACCCUCUACGCAAGGUUCACACAAUUACCAGGAAACCCAUGUCUUGGCAUGAUAAUCUGGAGGAACCUGCAGAUGCCAGGUUUCUCAAUCUCAUCCACCAUGCAGCCCAGGGACCAACGAGAAAAUAUGAGGAGACACAGACGGAAAGCCAAGAAAUCGGAUGGGACUCAGAACCCUUGAUCAACCAGGACCGCAGUGAUCGCAGGUUGAACCACUUCCGGGUCUACAAUGACAUCACUCUGUACAAAGCGAAAAUGUGGAGCUUGGGAGAAGAUGAUCGCCACAAGUAGCAUCCCAGCAGCCCCUACUAUUCACGCCUGAAGUCUCUUCUACAGAAAAAGAAACACAGGUGUGGUCACCUAGCAGCCUGGCCCUCUGCCCCAGAGUCAGGGUGCACAAGCAGGUAGGAGCAGGGUGCUGACCAGGCCCUCACUGCCCAAGGGCUCACUUACAUUUGAUCCUUUCUUCCCAGGCCUCUUGAGGCCCUUGUCAUGAGCCUUCUUGGCCCGGAAACUGGACACAUCGUUGAAGCUCUCACGCGUAUUCCACUUGGAGCCUUUCUUCUUUCCACCAAAACCAAACUUCUGGUUUUUAUAGCGUCGUUUGGCGUUGGGACUAGGGAAAAAAAGGGGUCUUGCUGGUUACCCACACACGGCAAAUCCUGAGGGGACUUCUGGCUCCACAACACUUCCAGCUACCUGUCUGCCUACAGAGCCCCUUGGACACUAUGCCGCUCAGAAUGUCACCCUUGCCUCUUCGUUCUUACUCCACAAACUGCUCAGACAAGCCUAUCGAUUUCUGGUUUUAACCACCAGAGAAGGAAAACAAAGCAAGAAGUAGGAGAGGACCCACAUAUACCAUGUGGCUCCCCACUUAUCUUUGGAACAAAGAUCUUUUCAACUAAAUUUUGCUAAAUUUUUUGCUGUUUUUAUUCCUCUCAAGGAUAUCUGUAUCUCACUAUCCCUAUAUUAC